UUUGUUUCUUUUGGAAUAUAAACGACAGGAGAGAAGCCUCUGUAACUUUACUCUUCUCUGAACACACAAAGCGAUAACUCUCCUUCUCAUCUUCCAAAUCUACACCUAUCUUUCUGCUGCUGCAACUAAUACUGCAAAUCUCAGACUUACAACUCAUAAUUUUAGUAAUUUUUUAGUUUAACAAAAUGGGAGGAUCUGGAGGAGGUAUAGUAAGCUUACUCAAGGUCAUAAUCAGCAACUUUGAUGUUCUUGCAGGGCCAGUGGUUAGUUUGGUAUAUCCUCUGUAUGCUUCAAUUAGGGCUAUUGAGACCAAAUCCCCUGUGGAUGAUCAGCAAUGGCUUACAUACUGGAUUUUGUAUUCUAUGAUCACACUUUUUGAGCUGACGUUUGCCAAGCUUAUUGAAUGGCUUCCUUUCUGGUCAUAUGCAAAACUGAUAGCGACCUGCUGGUUGGUCAUACCUUACUUCAAUGGUGCUGCGUAUGUGUAUGAGCAUUAUAUUAGGACUUACAUUGUCCAACGAAAAGCAGUUAACAUCUGGUAUGUGCCACGAAAGAAGGAUGUCUUUAGUAAGCCAGAUGACAUCCUGACUGCUGCAGAGAAAUACAUAAAAGAACAUGGAACCCAAGCGUUUGAGGAGAUGAUUCACAAGGCUGAUGGAGAACGAAAGACCCAUACCAGCAAUUAUGUGUUUUAUGAUGACGACUACAGAUACUGAGCCUUGAUCACUGUUUAGGAAGGCAGAGGAGAUCUAUCUGCUGUUGUAAAGAGGUGCCCUUAAACUGAUGUUUGGUCUUUCUCCGUGUGGACUACUAUCUUUGGUUUUAUGGAGUUUUUCGCAAUCCUCUAACUUAUGUAUGUUAUAAACUAAUACUACUCAUCCUUGUUACCGAGUCUUUUCUCCUAGAUACUUUGUAAUUGUUAAUUUCAAGCAGUACGUUAGUGAUAAUGAGAAUCAUCGCUCUAUUUAUCUUUCAGCUG